AUGACUUUAGUCAAGAUAGUUUUUGCAGCAGUCCUUCUUGCUUUAACAGCUUUCACUGGAGAUGGUUUCAGCAGCAUACCAAGAAUGACAGCUCUUAAAAAAUGCAAUUCACAUAAUCACUGCAAGUGGAUUUUACCUGGCUGCAAAGGAAGCGUAAUUUGUAAUGAUGGGUACUGCACAUGUGAUGAGACCAAAGAAGGCGACUUGAUGCCUUGUAAAAGGAACCGUGAGUGCAGGUUGCAUUGUCAGUGCAAGUGGGCGUAUUGUUACAGGACAGCACACGUAUGCGUCUGCCCUUGUAAUUCGUUGAACCAAGGAGUCUAG